UUUGACCUCGACGUUGAUUGCAUAUUUGUAUACAGUGUUCCAUACAGUGUUAUCCGAUGCCUAAUGUAUCUUUAGUGAAAGAGAAGUAUCGAGCUAGUGUAUUUCAUAUGCUUUUACAUAUCACCAGAGUGAGUCACUUCAGUGCUGCACUGCUAGCCAGCGACAGAAGCAGACAGAAAGAAGACAGCUCCCAAUGCUAUUUAUUGCUGUCCAUAGCUAAAUUCUUCCUAUCUAGAACGAGUACACGUUUGCGGAAAAAGUAGACAUCCACCCCCUCCCAUCCCUCCUGGUGACCCCUGUGAUGUCGUCCCCGUGCUGUGGCUUCCUGGCGCAGUACACCCACCAUCACCUGGUCGCCUUCCUCCUCACCUUCUUUAGCUAUGUCCUCCUGCACGCCUCGAGGAAGACCUUCAGUAAUGUGAAAGUGAGCAUCUCAGCCCAGUGGACUCCCUCUGUGCAGAAUGCCAGCUCUCCUGCCUUCUCACCCGGGGAGACAUGGGAGAAGAAUAACCUGUUUGCAGACUCCGAUGGAGCCACUCUGUUCCUGGGUGUCCUCGACACCAUCUUCCUGUUUUCCUACGCUGUGGGCUUAUAUAUGAGUGGAGUGAUUGGAGAUCGCAUGAACCUCCGAUAUGUCCUCUCCUUUGGUCUGUGUGGUUCAGCCAUAGUGGAGUUUGUGUUUGGUACCCUGACUGAGUGGCUGCAGUUCUAUAACAUCUACCUGUACUGUGGUCUUUGGGUGCUGAACGGCCUACUGCAGUCUGCUGUCUGGCCCUGUGUGGUGGCAGUCAUGGGGAACUGGUUCGGCAAGUCGGGGCGAGGUUUUGUGUUUGGCCUGUGGAGUGCCUGUGCGUCUGUUGGGAACAUCCUGGGCGCUUUCCUGGCAUCCAGUGUUCUCAAGUACGGUUAUGAGUAUGCCUUCCUGGUCACUUCAGUGCUGCAGUUUGCUGGUGGGGUGGUAGUGUUCUUUGGACUGCUCACCUCCCCUAAAGAAGUGGGUUUGUGUUUGGAGUCAGAAACAGGUCUGAGACCAGUGGAAAGAGACGCAGACAGCCACAGGCCUCUGAUGAGUGAUGACGAGGAUGAGGAGGGAUCGGAGGAGGUGUGUGACGGAGGGUACUACACCAUCCGGCAGGGGGAUGAGGAGCCGCGGGAAACACCCAAAGCCAUCGGAUUCUGCCAGGCCUUCUGCCUUCCCGGAGUGCUGCCUUAUUCCCUGGCGUACGCCUGUCUGAAGCUGGUCAACUACUCCUUCUUCUUCUGGUUGCCCUUCUACCUGAGCAGGAACUUUGGCUGGAAGGAGGCCCAGGCCGACAGGCUCUCUGUGUGGUACGACGUGGGAGGCAUCAUAGGUGGUACGAUCCAGGGCCUGAUCUCAGACUUCAUGGGGAAGAGGGCUCCAGUGUUAGCCGUCAGUCUGCUGCUGGCUAUGGGAGCCCUGGUGGGUUACAGCCACUCCCCUCCGGACCAGGUGGUGAAUGCAGCUCUCCUGGCCACCACAGGUUUCUUCAUAGGAGGACCGUCCAACAUGAUCAGCUCAGCCAUCUCUGCAGACCUGGGGCGACAGGAGGCCCUCAGGGGCAGUCAGGAGGCUCUGGCUACCGUCACCGGCAUAGUGGACGGGACUGGGAGUAUUGGAGCUGCAGCGGGACAGUAUUUGGUAUCCGUGAUCGAGAGCAAGCUGGGCUGGAUGUUUGUCUUCUACUUCUUCAUUGUCAUGACCGGCUGCAGCAUAGUCUUCAUCUUGCCGCUGAUUGUGACUGAGAUUCGGGCCAUGUGGAGGGAGAGACGGGCACGGACACACGAGCUGUGAGGCCUUCCUCAUGGGCGGCCAUGUUGUUUCCUACUCCUUCCCUAUGGGGGCCUACUGCCUGUCAGUCAGACUAUGUCCACUGAUCACUACUGUAGACGUAUAUGUACAACAUGUCUAUGAAUGUGUCCAGUCUAUGUAUAUAUUUGGUCAGAAACACAUUUUUUUUUUAAAGAUAUUACUUCAGCUCCUUUUACGAGUGGGGGCAGGGCCCUCUCAAUGUUUGUGGUCUGAGAUAGGAAGUUCCAAGCAGCUAACGAUUAUUCUAAUUCCUUUACCAGUUUACUGGAUUGUAUAAUGAUUACUUGUAUAGAAUGAUUGAAUCUGCUCAUUUGCUUAGUAGAGAUCAGAUUUCAAAGACACACAAAACUCUCCAUCACUCACUCAUAGAAUCUCACACACAAGUCGACUCGGUGGAUUUUUACACACACUGUAGUCAGUGACCACGUUUACAUGUGCAAGGUAUUGUGGACAGUAGCUCGUAUCCCGCAGAAGGUCUUAUUCGGGUUAAGCUAUUUACAUGCACUUUUGAUAUCCCGCUCACAAGUAUCCCUGUACCGAUGAAUAAACGGAUUAUUCCUCAUUUUAAAUUGAUAUGGGUUAAAUAUUAACUGAAAUAUGGCCUAUAACCUUUCACAUGUAGCGUAAUAUAAUAUUAACUCUUGCAGAAUUAUGCAUUUCUUGCAGUGAAAUUACACAACAAAUGUUAAUUUAGUCUCGGAAACAGGAGUGGAGAAAUACGAAUUAUUUCAGCAUCUCUUGAGGAAAUGCGAGUGCGUGUGUUCUCGUUGACACUAUUAUGCAAGCAGACAGUGUUUCAACCACAUAAAAUAUGCACCCAAGACAGACUAAAGUCUUAGCAUAAACCAAUUUCAUCGUUUUCUCAGCUUUUAAUUUCACUAAAACCAGUCAAACUGAUGACAUUUGGGCAUUUUGCAAAGACCAAAUCUUUUCACUGUUCUCCCCGGGUCCCUAAACGAAACAGACAACUUUACCGGUUUUAACUAGAUUACUAAUGCACUCAUUCUGUCAAUGUAAGACAUUAUUCUGGUGAGCACUACUUUAUUUAGUCUUCUGGGGCAACAAGUUAUGACAGAAGAGAAGCUGCAUGUAUCUAACUAUAGUUGACAAACAAAUGUCCUUCCAAAUGUCGGAAAUUGUAAACAGAAAGUUGUCUAGAUUACGCUACACGGUCCAGGAUGGAGUAUCGGCAAAAUAAAUUAUUAUGGUGGCUGGAAAUGA